AUGUCUUGCACUAUGGAAACCGUUUCCCCGACAGCCACGGCUUACCCUGCUGAGAAGGCGGCCUCUUCUAUUAGGCUCUAUGCGACACUUAGCGACGAAGUAAUUCAGUACAAGCCUUUCCAUUACAUGCCAAAUAUUGAAAAUGUCCAGAUGUACAACAAGGGCGGAUAUUAUCCAGUCCACAUUGGUGAUAUCCUUAAUGGUCGUUUCGAAGUUGUCCACAAGCUCGGCAGUGGCGGGUUUGGAAUCGUUUGGCUCUGUCGUGAUAUAUUGCUAGAAAAGUGGAGGGCAGUCAAGAUAAUGACCGCUAACCAGUCUGCUAAAGGCACGGAAGAAAAGAUAUUCAGCUAUCUACGACAUCAUUGCUCACCGGCAGAGCUCAAGAAAAACCACAUACUACUACCUUUGGAACAAUUCUCGCUCGUGGGCCCUAAUGGCCGCCAUUCAUGUCUCGUAAUGCCUCUUCUUGGCUCGACGGUUGAGAACUGGCGUUUGCUCAAAAUGGACUACGAGGAACAGACUCAUAAUGACACAAGAAGCGUAUGUCGACAGAUCGCCGAUUCCAUGCGUUUUCUCCAUAGUCACGGAAUAUGUCACGGAGACUUCAGACCAGCCAACAUCCUCAUGGAGGUUGAAGGUAUUGAUGAUCUAGAUCGGGAUGAAAUUCUAGGUCUUAUGGGAGUGCCGGAAUGUUUCGAUGUUGAGACUGUGUCUGGCCAGCCUCUAACACCUAGGGCCCCAAAAUAUUGCGUGACAUCUGCAAACGAAUUAUGGGCUAAGACUUUAACAGCCAAGUCUAUCGCAAUCAUCGAUUUCGGAGAAUCGUUCUUCACGACAACCCCCCCUAUAUCAACUGGCAUUCCGGAAAUAGAUGCAGCCCCUGAAGUCAUACUAAAAGGUUAUGGGACCUUAGGACCCCAUAGUGACAUAUGGUCAUUGGCAUGCACCUUAUUCGAAGUUAGGACAGGUUCACCGUUGUUCGCGGAUGUGGGCCGCUACCACCCCCGCGACCUAAAAACUCAACUGAGUAUGCAAGACUCUACAGUUGAAACCGAGCUGCAACCCGACACUCCGGAUAUAGAUGAAUUCGCGGAGGACAGGGCAGAGUUGAUUGAAGGGUCUGAUUAUUCAGAUAUAUUCGAAGCAAUACUUGGAUGUGAGCAAACUAGGUAUCUCAAUUUGCUUACAGAUGAGCAACCGGAAGCUAUCAAGUAUCGAUAUCCUCGAGAAUAUGUGCUAGGCUUAGCCGAUCUUUUGAGGAGGAUGCUAAAGUAUGGCCCAGAAGAUCGUAUCACUAUAAAGACAGUCGCGUCACAUCCUUGGAUCAUCUGGACUACUCCAAAUUCCGUGAAGAGAAGUAAAGAAGACAGGUUGCAGGCAAUCGAGAACAUAGUCAGACGCAUUACCAGUGAAUGUGGCCUAAGCUACGCAUGGAUGGCGUAUGUUAAAUACUACAUGAGCUAG